UAAUUUCAUCGCAGUUCGUCUUGUGUUCCACAAUGUCUUUGUUAGUGCUAAUCGUAAUAUAUAGUGUGUUGUUUGCAAUAUGGUGGUACUGGUGCAGACCUCGAGUUCGGUCACCCGCACCGUACCCUGGUGCAUUGCCCAUCAUUGGACACAUUCAUGUGGCUUUCAAAUAUCGGAAUGACGUAUGGAGUUUCUUGGAACGUCUUUUCAAUUGUGUAACAAAUGAGUGUGUUGUGUUGAAGAUGGGUUCCCAUAAUAUGUAUGUUGUUAGCGACCCAGAUGAAGUUGGUGUUAUAGCAAACACAAGUUUGAAGAAAUCAUAUCAUUACAGUUUCUUGGAUAACAUAUUAGAAAAUGGACUACUGCUAGAAGAUGUGCCCACGUGGAGAAUACAUCGGAAGUUACUCAAUCCUGCAUUCAACCUGCACACACUGAACACAUUUCAAAAUAUCAUGAACGUAGAAGCUCGAAGUUUGGUCUCACAAUUGAAAGAUAAAGCAGGAAAGGAACCAGUCGAUGUGAAAGAACUUGUGGUUAAAUAUAUUUUACGAUCAGUUUGCAGAACGUCGUUGGGAUUGGAAGCCAAAGACCAAGAUAUGAUUGACAAGGAAUACGCAGAAGCGAUCGAAGAAAUCAUGGACAUAGCAGUAAAACGAGCUUUAAACGUAGCAUUAUAUCCUUCGUUUAUUUUCAAGAGAACUGCAAAGGGAAAAAGAGAACAGGAAUUAAUCAUGAGAAUAAAGAAUAUUUUAAAUAGGACAAUCCAGAAACGUAAAUCUGAUUUAAAAACCAUCGAUAACAAACAAAAUAACAAAACGGACGUCAGUGACGGUUCAGCGAAUGGUAAAUUCAAACCAAUUCUAGAUCUGAUGCUGCAUUUAUCUGAUGAACAAGAAGGUUUCUCCGACGAUGACAUCAGGCAACAUCUGAAUACUUUUGUAUUUGCAUCUUACGAUACAACUUCAGGAGUAUUGCAGACCGUAUUGUCAGUGCUAGGAUCACGUCCAGAUGUACAGGAACGAGUCUAUAAAGAGAUUGUCGAAGUAUUCGGAGAUAAUGAGGAAUUGACCAAAUACGACUUACCAAAACUGGUUUACUUAGAAGCAGUGAUAAAAGAGGUUUUGCGGUUAUAUCCUAUAGUUCCCUGGGUUGGGAGACAAAUUGACACUGAUAUAGUUUUCCCGAAAUAUACUUUAAGAGCUGGAAGUACAUGUAUUCUGGUAAUAUACAAUCUUCACCGUCACUCCUCGUGGGGACCAGAUGUAAAGGAGUUCAAACCGGAGCGAUGGCUGAAUCCCGCCACCUUACCUACUCACCCCAACGUAUACGCACCGUUCGGUAUUGGCAAGCGAAACUGCAUUGGGAAACGCUACGCCAUGAUGACCUUAAAGACGUCGGUUGCGCACAUCGUACGGAAUUUCCAAUUAUCUGCUGAUAUUAGUAAUUUGUGUUGGAACUUUGAAGUUGUAUUAAAACCCUCAAAACCAAUUCUCGUUAGUUUUACGUUAAGACCUUAAAUUUAAAAAAAAGGGUUUUUUUGUAUCCCCUUACUUUUACAUUAACGAAUUUCUCUAAAAAUGUAAAAUUAAAAUAGAUCGCUCAAUGUCAAAAAACUUUUGGAAUGGUUGUUUUUUUUUUUUUAAAUCCUAGUAGGUAAUAAAAUCGGUAUAUGAG